AUAACCAGAUCGACAUGGCUCUCCUUCCACGCUUCCCAGAUUUUCCUCUCCUUUCUGCCACACUAUUCUGCCUCCUCCUCUGCUUCAAGCUCGUGAAGCUGUUUACGGUCAAGAGAAGGAGAGCUGGCUCUGCACCUGAUCCUCCGACUCCUCCAGGCCGCCUCCCCAUCAUCGGCCACUUGCAUCUGCUCUUCGACAAAUCUCGUUCGCUGCAUGAGAUCUACGGUGAACUCGCCGACAAAUACGGCCCUGCCAUGAUGCUCCGAUUGGGCUUCCGCCGGGUGCUCGUGGUCAGCAGCUGGGAGAUGGCGAAGGAGUGCUUCACCACCAGCGAUCUCGCCUUCUCCAACAGGCCUUGGAACAGUGCCACGAAGCAUCUGGCCUACGAUUCCACCAUGUUCGGCUUCGCCCCUUACGGAGACUACUGGCGCCAGAUGAGGAAGAUCACCACGCUCGAGAUGCUUUCCAACCGGCGGAUCGAAUCCUUCAAACAAGUCCGCGAGUCGGAAAUCGGCGCUCGAGUAAACCACAUCCACACUCUCUGGCAGAACAACCAGCAGCGGCCCGUGAAAUUGGAGGUGAGAAAGUUGCUGAGCGAGCUCACCUUCAACAUGGUGACCCGAACUGUCGCAGGGGCUGGCUACGUCGUGGGAGGCUCGGAGGACGACUCGAAGGCACGAGAGACAGCGCACUGCACGAGGGAGAUGCUGGACCUUCUCGCGGCCUUCGUGGUGUCUGAUUUUCUUCCUUUUCUCGAGUUUCUCGACAUCAAUGGCUGUAUCGCUGCCAUGAAAAGGGUGGCCGGGAAUUUGGACGUUCUCAUCGGCCGCUGCGUGGCAGAGCAUCGCCGGCAAAACUUAUCCGGUUUCCGGGAGGGGGACCAUGACUUCAUCGAUGUCCUGCUGUCACUUGUAGGGGAUGACACGGAUGCGGACAUGGUGGUGAAAACGACGGCACUGGCAAUGAUAAUUGGGGGUAACGAUACCACAUCCGCCACCUUGAUCCAGACAUUACACUUGCUGUUACUCAAUCCCCAAGCACUGAAGAAGGCCCAAGAUGAGUUGGACAAAGCAGUCGGCAAAGGCAGGAUUGUGGAUGAAUCCGAUAUCAGCAAAUUGGUGUAUCUUCAAGCAGUUGUCAAGGAGAGUUUCAGACUUCGCCCACCGACACCAUUGCUGCCUCCAAGAGAAGCCAGGGAGGACUGCCAAAUUGGUGGCUUUGGCGUUCCGGCCGGCACCAUGCUAGUGGUCAAUGCAUGGAAGAUACAGCGUGACCCGAGGGUGUGGCCGGACCACGCCGAGUUUCAGCCGGAGAGAUUUUUGGAAAGUGAUGUGGAUGUUGGGGGCCAGCAUUUCCAGUUGAUUCCGUUUGGAUCGGGGCGCAGGGUGUGCCCGGGAAUUUCAUUUUCAUUGCGGUCAGUAUACAUUGUGCUCGCCCGUCUUCUCCACAGCUUUGACAUGGAGCUGCAUCCGGAAACCGUGUUUGAAGAGUCCAAGGCUUUUGGGCGAACAACUAUGCUUCAUGUUCUCCUCUCCCCACGCCUCCCUGACUCCCUUUACAGCUAGCUAGGUCGAGAUAUUAUGUGAGAGAGAAAGUUAGCCGCCGAG